AUGGCCUUGUCGAGGGCCACCCGAAUUAUACGCAGGCAGCCGCUAGCCGCCGAUCUCCUGAGCCCCAUCCGAGUUCCCAGCAACACCAGCAGCAGUCGUGCAGGGAUCCUCUCUGGUAGCCUCCCUCCAUCCGGACGGCAAAGUCUCCCCCCGGCCAGAUACAUCUCCACAGGUGCCAGUCUGCCGAAUCACGUCCCUAGCUUCAGGGCUAUAAGCACCACCCCCUGCCAUCACUUCCCGUCGGCAGAGAAGAUGGCCGAAGAGGAGGAGGAGGAGGAGGAUGAGAAGGAGAGGAGGGAGAUGCUGCCGGGGCUGGGGAUGACGAAGCCGGGGGAGAAGCCGCGGGUCGUGGUUCUGGGCAGCGGGUGGGCGGCCUGCCGGUUCCUGAAGGACCUGGACACGGAGACGUACGACGCGGUGUGCGUCUCCCCGAGGAACCACAUGGUCUUCACCCCCCUCCUCGCCUCCACCUGCGUCGGCACCCUCGAGUUCCGCUCCGUUGCCGAGCCCGUCAGCCGCAUCCAGCCGGCGCUCUCCUCCUCACCCAACUCCUACUUCUUCCUGGCCUCCUGCACUGGCAUCGACACGCGCAGGCACGAGGUCUGCACAGUCCCCCUCUCGAUAUUUCUUACUCUUAUCUUCACCACUCGUAAGUUUUUCUUUUAACACAUUUACAGUGCGAUACAUUCUUAAAAGAAUUCAUAGUGCUACAUAUCUUGACCCUGAGCCUCAUUCAUAAAUAAAAAACAUGGUAUUUUAUUGAAGCAAAACACUGUCACGAUAAGAACAAUCGUCAAAUAUGGUAGUUCCCUCAUUUUAUUUUUGCGAAACACUGUCACGAUAAGAGCAAAACACUGUCAUCGAUUAUUUUAGCGCUUCGAUUAUUGAACCAAAUCCUUUAUAUUGAUCAUCAGUUGUUAAGCUGAUUGAUGGGUCUUUCCCUCAUUUAGAUAAAGAUUGUCAAUUUGAGCAGGUAAUCUGAUUCCUCACAGGUGUACUGCGAGGCCGCGCCAAAUAGCGGCCUGCCCUCAGAGCCCUACAGGUUUAAAGUGGCGUACGACAAGCUCGUGAUCGCAGCUGGCGCCGACCCGCUGACUUUCAAUGUCAAGGGGGUCAAGCCGCACGCCUUCUUCCUCCGCGAAGUCGGCCAUGCGCAGGAGAUCCGGAAGAAGUUGCUCCUGAACCUAAUGCUCUCCGAGAACCCAGGUAAGCGUUCUUCAGAUGUUGUCCCACGUCGGCUGUGAAAAUUACCGAGUAAACGAUUUAGACUUUGAAAAAGUCAUGGAGUCGGAUGGCGCGAGGGUCGCAGGGUUAUCCGAGGCAGAGAAGAAACGACUACUGCACUGCGUGGUCGUCGGAGGAGGGCCUACCGGCGUCGAGUUCAGCGGUGAACUAAGCGACUUCAUAAUGAGGGAUGUCCGACGGAGGCAUUCUCACGUCAAGGACUACGUUCGCGUUACCCUCAUCGAGGUACGUUUCAGUCUGAUCACACGCUUGAACUCAUAAAAUCUCUCUCUCUCUCUGCGUUUAUCUCUCUCCCUCUUUGUUGGAUAAAUGGGAGUAAAAUUUGAUUCAAAACAGGCGAACGAGAUAUUAUCGUCGUUCGACGUGAGGUUGAGGCAGUACGCCAACAAUCACUUGACAAAGGUAAGGCAGGAACGAGAUGAAACCCAGGGUUACCUGGUCUCUAUGGUGGCUUGAUACCUCGCUCCUGCAUGCAUCAGUGUGGGGUUCGCCUGGUGAGAGGCGUUGUGAAGGAGGUCCAACCGAGGAAGAUCGUGCUUAACGAUGGCUCCGAGGUUCCUUACGGGCUGCUCGUCUGGUCGACUGGCGUCGGCCCUUCGGAGUUCGUAAGGUCCCUCGAUCUCCCCAGAUCUGCCGGCGGAAGGUGCCUCCUCUUCUCUCCCCAGCUCUCCUCCUCCUCUCGCCCGGUAGAGGGACACGUGUUUUGGGCUGCUUCUCCGACUGACGGGGCUGUUUGCCGGAAAUCUCUGCAGGAUCGGCGUCGACGAGUGGCUGCGUGUCCCUUCCGUGGAGGAUGUGUUCGCGCUUGGAGACUGCGCCGGGUUUCUGGAGCAGACGGGGAGGCAGGUGCUUCCGGCUCUGGCUCAGGUCCGCUCUUCUCUCACGAGACCCGCUUUGAAGGAUGCCGGAGGACUAAAACAUGCCUGGCGAUUGAACAGGUGGCGGAGAGGGAGGGCAAGUACUUGGCGGUGCUGUUCAGCAAGAUCGCGAAGCAGAACGGCGGAAGAGCGUCCGCCACCGGAGAGGUCGCCCUCGGAGAGCCCUUCGUGUACAAGCACCGGGGAAGCAUGGCGUCCGUGGGGCGUUACAAGGCUCUCGUCGAUCUCAGGCGGAGCAAGGUCGGCAGCAGUCGAUCGAUCUCUCCUCCAGCUCUUGGCCCUCCGAUUCUUCUUCUUCUGCAUUUAUUCGGCUCAGACGCCUGGUUCUUCUCCUCGCUGCAGGAUGCUAAGGGGCUCUCCCUCGCGGGGUUUGUCAGCUGGCUCAUCUGGAGGUCGGCCUACCUCACGCGCGUGGUGAGCUGGAGGAACCGGUUUUACGUCGUGGUGAACUGGGCGACCACCCUCGUCUUCGGCCGGGAUAACUCCCGCAUAGGAGGCUGCUCGUAG